AUGAGAGUUUUUGAGCCGGAACCUCAACUUCAGGAAUAUCGUCUAAAUAAAAUUGGAAUUCGUGAUCAUCUUUUGUACGUGUCACCGAAUCGUACAGAUACAGUCCAGGUAUGGUCUGUUCAUUCGCUUAUACCAAAUUCAUGGCACUGCAUUGUCGAUUACCGGGUGAUCAGUCUUCUUUAUUCAUCCUACACAUUAAGCCCCGUUGAGGAAUACGUCUAUAUUCUUGCCGUUGCACUUUUCGAUUCCGAAGUGCCACGAAUUGCUAUAUUACAAAUAAAUAGUAGCAAUGGUGAGAUGAAAAUGUAUAAUUUGGACGUAGCGGCCGGUGACGAGUUUGAAAAUAAGGUGUUUCUUGAUAAUGUAGUAAUUGGAUGUGGCGACAAGCAGCUGUACAUGUAUGAUCGUAGUGUUGUCAUGGGCCCUAUCCCGUUCUGGAAUGUUACACUUCUUGAGGAUACAAUGACUUUUGUUAUCACCAGCGACACAAUAGGAGCUGAAGAAGUUGAAAGCCGCUGCAGUAGAUUCCCAAUUGUCCUGAACGGAGAUGAAAGGAAAGUUCUGAAGAUAGCAGACGAUCAUGCCAUUUCGGUUUACAGUGGUAAAGAUGAAAAAUGGAGUACGUAUUACCCGUCAAUUAAUUCAAAUCUCGAUCUUAAUGAGCUUGGAACUCGUGGAGUAAGUGAAACCUAUGGUCGUAGUGGUCAUCGGAUGGGUGCCAUUGAGUCUCCUUUAAGCAUUUUUGUCGGAUACGGAACUUGUGUUGCCAAAGUUUUUCGUGACGGUGUGCACAGAUUCUACAGCAUCGAACUUGAUGACCUUUCGAAAGAGUACAGCGUCGUGCCCGCCUCCUGUUGCCGCCUUCCAGGAUAUAUCCAACAAAAAUUCUAUGCUGUAUGUUCAAAGACUCAAUUUGUUUUUAUUUGCGCUAGAGGGAUUGCAUUCGUUCCGAUGUGUCCAUCUUCACUUCGGGAAUUAGCAUUUUUUGCAAUUCAACAACGAUAUAGCAACAUUUCUCAUGGUCGCUGGUCCGGUGGAAUCUCUGAAGAAAACAUUAAAGAUAUUCUUUCUUGCAAAAAUAAGAGUUCUAUAUUAUAA